GCAUGUAGCAGCGCUGCAUUAGACUUGAUGAGAGUCCUCGGAGUGGCUGGCUGGCACGCUGUGUGUCUCUGUGCCCUCCCCUGCUAUCGCAUAUCGCGUGAGCUGCUGGGCAGGCCGGGCUGACUGCCGUAGCGAGGUUCUGAGCCAAGGCGCUGUGAGCUCCCCAGUGAAGCUGAGGAAUACUGUCAGGCUAGCUAACUGCCUGAGAGAGACCCCCGCUCCCCCCUCCCUCCCGCCCUGCAGUGACGCUGGCUCCAGGACCCUGGCACAGAGACAGCCAGCAAACGGUUCACCCUCUUCAACUGGCAGGAAAGGAAAGCGAUGGAAUCAGAGGAGCCCCUGAGAGCCCGCAGAAUCCCGGAGCAGUCAAGGAACUCCAUUGCAACUGAAUGGAUUGGUAUGGGGAAAAGCGGAUUUCACCCUUCGGCUAAGCUGCAGCCCUGGACGACGUUUGCGGUUAUCAUGGUCGUGUUCUCAGUGUGGCCCCGAACAGUGCAUUGCCAGCAGUGUCGGAUCCAGCGCUGCAAUGCCGAGUACGUGGCCUCCACCUCCUCCUCUAACGGGCUGCAGGAGGACCAGCCCGCCGACGUGGAUUACUGCAUCGCCCUGCGCGCCUACUCGCAGUGCACCAAGAAGACAGCGCGGGCCUGCCGGGGGGACCUGGUCUACCACUCCGCAGUCUUCCGCAUCAAAGAGCUCUUCAGCCAGCACAACUGCUCCAGCGUGGGCCCCACGUCCUCGGGCAGGGCCCAGGGCACCAGCCACCCCGCCGUGUCGGAGCUGUGCGACUACGAGAGCCGCGCACACGCCUCGCAGGGCCCGCGCCAGGGCAGGUACGCGCACUGCGGAUUAUUCGGGGACCCCCACCUGCGCACCUUCAGGGACGAGUUUCAGACCUGCAAGGUGGAGGGAGCCUGGCCCCUCAUAGACAAUCAGUACCUGUCCGUCCAGGUCACCAACGUGCCUGUGAUCCAGGGUUCAAGCGCCACCGCCACCAGCAAGAUCACAGUGAUCUUCAAGAGGUUCCAGGGCUGCACAGAGCAGAAGGUGUACCAGGCCACCACAGAGGACCUCCCCUCGGCCUUCCUGGACGGUACGAGGGAGGGGGGGGGCAGCCUGCGGAUCUUGGAGCGCGGCCGGGAGGGGGGCGGCUCCUCGUCCUCCCAGGUGGAGAUCCAGGCCCGCUACAUCGGCACCUCCAUCAUCGUGAGGCAGGUGGGCCGCUACCUGACCUUCGCCAUCCGCGUCCCAGAGGACACUCUGAACUUCUCCGAGGAGGGCUCGGGCCUGCAGCUCUGUCUGCAUGGCUGCCCCCGCAGUGAGCUCAUCAAGGAGCACACCCUGAGCGGGCCCGUCCCCGGCCCCGUGGCCCCCCGGCGCUCCUACACCGUGGAGCGCGCCACUGCCAAGUGCCGCGAGAUCCUGCAGGUGGAGGACGUGUACUUCCAGUCCUGCGUGUUCGACCUGCUCACCACGGGGGACCCCGAGUUCUCCAUGGCAGCGUACGGAGCCCUGGAGGACCUCAAAGCCCUGCCCCCCAGCAAACUGAAACAGAACCCCCCCCGGACUCCCCGCCUUUUCAGCGCGGCGCAGAGAACUGACCCGGGGCCCAGCCUCGCCCUCGCCCUCGCUGCUCUGCUGCGCUGGCUCUCGUAACAUACGUUUAAAAGAAAAGCUGAAGAAUGGCAGCUCAAGCCAGAGGAAGGAGUCCUUUUUCUUUUUUUUAUUUUCUGCACAAGGUCCCAGAAGAGCACCCUCUACGCCUGGCAGGCAAACCCAUCCCAGAGCUUAUCAUCCCAUCAGUGUGAACCUGACUCAGACUCAUUCAAAGCACUCUCUUUGUGUAAACGAGGCACGCAGUCAUUGGCGCUCCCAUUGCGGUCGUUCCUCCAGUGCAGGGCUGCACGUUUGUUUCACCCAGGCCCUUCUUUUGUCUUCUCUCUGGGUCUGUUCCCCUGUGUGGGACCUGAACCCAGGAUCACGUCUUGUAAAUUGUCGAGGAUCACGUCUUGUAAAUUGUCACAGUAGUAUGUUUGCAGCACUGGACUCGGUACAGCACUGGAGUGAUGCUUCUAACUCCAGGAGGACUGUGAGGCUGUCCAGCAGGAUCAGUGUUCAGGGGAGGCCCUGGUAUUCAUUGAAUCAAGAGAAAUACUGCUCCAUUUCUACACAGGGGUAAUGAAAUGAACCUCCGACUCCCUCCAGGGGCAGGAGCGCGUCUCGCCUGCUCGUGCUUUAUUUACAGUCACUAGAAAUUCAUUGUCAACCAAAAAAAAACCCUGUGGAUUGUGGACUGGAUAUCUACUGGAUUGAGUGGUAAUACAGAAAAAAAAAACUGGAUCCAACGACCUUUUAAAAACGCUACCUAUCUCUAAUUCCCAUCUCUUUGUUUUGUUUUGGGAUCUGGAAAGGGGGGGUGGACUUCACCUGUUUUAAUGGGAACCCUGGAACAAGGAAACCACGUUUCUGUGAUCAGUAUUUAACUCUGACUGUGCAGACCCAGCCUCCGUUCGUCCUUGAUGUGAAUCUGAACCAGAGCUUGCUUUUCUUUCUAGUGCAGAAUGUCUUCAUUAAGGUCCCUGUCUGUUUGCUCUGAGUUUGCUGGGUGCACCCAUGCAUGUGUGGGGAGCGGCUGACACGCACACGGACUUCCUGUGCACUCAGUACUGUGCUCAUCUUUUCAAGCAGCAAUGUGUAAAUGCAGGAGUUUUCAAAUACAUUUCUUCAAGGAACCUAUAAUGAAUACAUAUGGUACUGUAUAGACUCCCUCCUCUAGCUGGAGCCCAGGUCCUGGGUUUAAAAUAAAACAACAAAGUGUCUAUAUAAUAAUAUAUUCUGAGUGUAUAUAAGUGUUGUAUAAUGUGUAAAUGUGCCUGUACAUAGAGGAGUUGAACCAGCACGACGGGUGGGUGCUGGUACCUCGCUGUUCUAUUGAAACUAAUACGAGCCAGCAAUAUAGGCAUUUCAUCUGUGUUACUUCCCUAUUAAAAGUGACCCUGAAA